UUUACUGUCACAGUGACUUAUAAAAUGUCGUAUUUGAAGCAGUUUAAGUCGGUAAACAUUUUUAAAAAUAUCAAAAAAAUCUCUUUGAGCUCCCAUAAUUCCUUUUGUGAUGGCAAAAAUAUAAAUUCUUUCGAAAAUAUAAAAAUUGAUAAGGAAGGCUUACCUAAAAUUGAUAAGGAAUCUCUAAUUUUUGAUUACGAAAUCGAACAUGAAACUCCCAGUGAGAGGAAACGGGAAGCCCGUGUAUCGAGCAAAUUAAGUAAAGAAUAUAAUCGUUUAAUGAUAAAUGGAGGGAAUGUUAUCAACCUAAGUGAUGGAUUCAAACUAACUGUUGACGAUAGCGUGAAAUCAGAUGAUGCAAAAAGAGAUCUACCACUGGACGAUACCGUCUGCAAGCUAAAAAAAUUAGUUACAGAAAAAUCUUCUUCUGAUAGUCCACCACCCAAAGAUCCUAAAGAUCCCAAAGAUCCCAAAGAUCCCAAAGAUCCUCCUCCACCACCUAAACAAAUAUUUUUAACGAGACAGCUGCCAGGAAAAGUCAUUUGGGGGUUUGUCCCACAGGAAUGGACUACAUUUUUCUAUCCUAAGACAGGUGUUACAGGAUUCUACACGUUCUUGGUGGCGACUGGAACCUUUCUGGUUAGCAAGGAGUAUUUUGUGUUGGAACACAAUUUUUAUAAUGGAUUGUCGAUGGCAGUAAUGGUAUGGGGUACAGUCAAGUAUGUUGGGCCGCAUGUUACCAAAUGGUUAGACAAGGAAUUGGAAGUUUAUGAGAACUCGUGGAUUAGUGUCAGACAAGCAAAUGUAGAUCAUUUUAAUGAAGGUAUAAUCAACGAAAAAAUCCUUCAAUUUCAAGCCGAUGGACAAUUACUUUUAGUCGAAGCAAAACGAGAAAAUGUAGCAAUGCAAUAUGAGGAUGAAUUUCGUAAAAGACAAAUGCACGUCUAUCGAGAAGUAAAACGACUGCUAGAUUAUCAAGUUGCAGUCGGUAAUGUUUGGAAAAAGAUUCAACAGAGAAAUUUGGUGCAAUACGUUGAAAACGAAGUGAGAAAACAGGUAAGAAAUACACCAGAAAUAGAAACAGCGCUUAUUUCAGAUUCGAUCGAUUUGCUGGUCAAAGAACUAACCAAAACUGGAUCGGUGGGAUCUGUCGAAAAACCACCAGAAGCCAAGAGUGUCACUCCAGAAACAAAGAAACCCAAAAAGGUACUUACAGAUAAGAAGAAAAGUAAGGAUGGUAAAGAUGCCAAGAGUGUCACUCCAGAACCAAAGAAACCCGAAAAGAAAGAUGAGAAGAAAGGUAAAGAUGGUAAAGAUGGUAACGACGAUAAUAAAAAAUAAAUUGUUUGUGUAUGUAUUAUAUAUAUCUAUAAGUAUUAAUAAAUCUUUAUAGACUA